CGGUGUUUGAGCUGUUCUGUGGAAACCAGGAUGUGGACGGGAGCUCCAUGUACGUGGUAGAUCCCCUGUCCUGGUGCCCCCACCUAGACUCAGUGAGGCCUGUUCCUGUUGGAGGUAUAGAUGUGUUUCGGCCCUGUGAGGACUGUGGAACCGACACUGAGAACUGGAUCUGUCUCUGCUGCUACAAGGUGUACUGUGGUCGCUAUGUCAACCAGCACAUGUUAACCCACGGCGUGGCGUCAGAACACCGGCUGGUGCUGAGCUUCUCUGACCUAUCGGUCUGGUGUUACUCCUGUCAGGCCUACGUCCACAACCAGAUGGUGUUUGAAGCCAAGAACGCUGCCCACUGUAUGAAGUUUGGAGAGGACAUGCCCCUCUCCAACUGAAGCCAUACAUGGUUGAGAGAGAGAGAGAGAGAGGGGGAGAGAGAGAGAGAGAGAGAGGGG